GUAAAACUUUGGCAUUCAGAAUAGAUAGUUCCGCAAAUCAAACAUGGGGCUGCAUUUGAAACUAUUGGCGCUUGCACUUUAUUCUUUUCUCGCAACUACGGAGGCAUUUGAGUCCUGGGUUGUGGCCAACGACAUUAAUCCUAAUAACGGAGAUGGAGAUGAUCAAACCCAAAAAUUCCUUUGUGGCGAUAAUUUUGAAAAGUGUUUCGGUCCCAAGUUGAAUUCAGUCGUCUUUUUGACCGAUAACAAAUUAUACCGUGUGGAAAUCUAUGAUUAUAAGUUGCCAACAACACUGGAUGAAAUUAUGGAGGAAGAAAAGGGCUUGAAAAACGAAAUAAAUCUAUUGGAAACUAAGUUAAGCCAACAAGRCCGUGAUAUUUAUACAGAUUUGGRGAAAGCAAAUGCGGAGCACAUCGAAAGUGAUUUGGAUAUCUCUCAGAGAGCGAAGGACGAAAGAGAACACUUGGAAUCGAAAUUGACUGAAAACAUGAACCAGAUGAAAUCGACAUUGCUCAAUAUACUUAAUACCAAACUAAAUCGUAUAGACAAAAGUGUCCGUAAGUCGCUCGAAAACGAUACGRAUGCCGAUUUACCGAAUAAUUGUGCUGAAGCCUUCGUCACGUAUGAGACCACAGAAAGUGGCGUCUUUGAGCUGUACUUACGCGAUUAUGAACUUGCGCCCUUCAAAGCAUAUUGUCUGGCCGAUCCGGAUGGCGGUCCUGCUUGGACGGUGAUACAACGACGCRUGGAUGGCACUGAGGAUUUCUAUCGCGACUGGGAUGAUUAUGUGACCGGUUUUGGUGAUCCGGAAGGUGAAUAUUUUAUCGGUUUAGAUAAGUUGUAUGCGCUCACCAAUGAUCGGCCCAAUGAAUUGUGGAUAAAGUUGGAGGACUUUCAUGAUGGAGAACGCUUUGCAAAAUAUACCGAUUUUGCUAUUGGUGAUUUGGACGAAAAUUAUGCCUUAAAAAAACUGAACGGUUACAGUGGCGAUGCUGGUGAUUCGUUGGUGGAACAAAAGGGAUGCGAAUUUUCCACACACGAUCGUGAUAAUGAUAAUGACCCCACAAAGAGUUGUGCUGUCACGUAUAACGGUGCUUGGUGGUACAAUCGCUGUCACGACAGCAACUUAAACGGCCGAUAUAUAAGGGGUGGUUAUUAUGAUUAUUAUCAAGAAGCGCAAGGUAUCGAUUGGUACUCUUGGCAUGGACAUCAAUACUCUCUAAGAUAUGUGCACAUGGCCAUCAGACCGAAAUAUGAUUUUUGAAGGCAGAAAGAUUUGGUAAGAUGGGAUCUAACUGUGUUUUGACGAAAGCUGCAGCUUUUACAAAAAGUGAACACUUACUUUCUAAUAUUUGCCCAAGCUAACCGAAAUAUAACAUAUAAGAAGCAAACAAAA